AUGGGUGUUCCAGCUAUUUGGGAGUUUCUAAAGCCUUACAUAAAGGAUCGAAGGAAGACAUUGAAAGGAUUUGUAUGCCAGUUCAGAAAGGAAAAUGGUAGAAGUCCAAGAAUAGCAAUUGAUGGGCAUAAUUGGUUAUUUGAGUGUGGGUUUUAUCAUAACGAUGCUAGAGCGGAACCGUUCAGCUUCACAAAGGAUAGCCAUGAUGAUGAUACCUUAUAUGCCAAACCCUAUAUGAAUAUGAUACAUAAAUUGAAAGAACUAUCAUUGCUGGAUGUAUCUUUUGUGAUAGUAUUUGAUGGACCAUUAAAGCCUAAAUUUAAAAGGCAGAAAGAGACUCUGAGAUCUAUUACUGGAACGGCUGAUGUAGAUACGUACUUGACUUCUUAUGUAGACAGUUAUCGCUCGUUCCAAACAGAGAGACCUGAAGGUAUGAUGAAGAAGUACAUGAGCCAGUACACGCUAAAGAAAGUUCAGGAGCUGCUUAAUUUACUAAAAGUUAAUUACACCUUUGCAUAUGGAGAAGGUGAAUCCCAUUGCGCGUGGUUGCAAAUAUCCGACCAUGUCGACUAUGUUAUGAGCAAUGAUUCUGAUACACUAAUGUUUGGUGCAACUAGAGUAUUAAGAAACUUAUCAAAAAACUUGGAAGACAAGAGCCCAUCUUCUCGUCAAGGGAAUAACAGCACAUCAUCUGAGGCUGAAUAUUACAUAACAGAAGUCAAUUUACAAGAGAUAAACCAGAAAUACGGUCUUCAAUUGUCAUCUGCAUCAUUAUUGUUCUUUAGUUUGAUUAUUGGUGGUGAUUAUAAUUCAGGAUUGAGUGGAUUAGGUAAAACAAAGGCAUUAACUUUGAUGAAUUUACAAAGCCCCAACUUUGUAAAGCGCCUAAUGGAGAUUUUCCAUGAUAUUGAACUAGAUGUGGCUUUGAUAAACAGCGAAUAUGAAAAAUUUCAGAAAGAAGUGUACGAGUACUGCCAAGAUAAUGGUCGUGAGCUAUUUGGUAGAAACUACAGGAUAUUACUAAGUAAAGAAAACUUCCGUGGAUGGCCUGAACCCUAUAUUGUAUUCCACUAUAUCUAUCCCAUAAUCGAUAAAAAUGUUCCAUCAAACUUCUUGACUCCAGAUUUUUUUACCAGUGUGGAAGGUAGCUCAUUAUUCAGAUCUCUAGAUUUUGUUGAAUUGAUGUCAUACUUGGAGAGACAUGGACUACCCAGCUUCUGUAAUUUCACCACUUGGUAUCACAAGACAAUACAUGAGUACUUCCUACUGAAGCAGCUAAAGCUAUUUCCUGAUGAGAGUGUGAACAGCGAUUUAAUUAAGAUAACUGAAAUCAAGUCUGACUUAGAUAGAUCUUGCAUGAUGGACAUCAAAAAAUACAAAGUCCGAUAUAGAACUUUCAUCAAGACUAUCAACGAGCCUGUUGCACUUGAGAGCAAUGAGCUAAUUAAUGAAAAUACUGGGGGCCUUUCACCGAAAAAGUUAAGUCAGAGACAAGUAGAUGUGCGCCAUUAUCCAUACUACUUGUGGGUGCCUUGCGAUCUUGUUGAAGAACACAAUCCACUGAUAAUACGCUACAAUCAACUGCAGAGACAAUUAGAAGAAAAGUCACCUACCAAGAGAUCGAAAUCUGAAUCACCAAGAAAGCGUAAAUCAGUCUACAAGCAGAACAACACACUGGAUGGUUUCUUAUCAAAACAUGCAUCUCCAGUCAAACCAACACAACACACAAUAGAGCCACCCGUACUGCUUCAGAAAGACACAGAGGUGAAAAGGAGGCUUUUUGUAGGCGAUGAUAGUUCCAAUGAAGAGAAUCAAACAGACCCCGACACAGAGGACUCAUUAAUUAUAGUGGAGGAAAGGGACGUGAGCCCCCGCAGAACUAUCGAGUACUUGCUAUCUACCUCCCCAUUAAAGAGAAAUUACACCAGUUUCAGUGAAAAGGACUAA